GCAGAUCACAACAAAAACACACGAGCGAGCUUGCUGUGGGCAGCAUAUUCACGCACAGACCACAUCCACCCGUCACGUUGCCGUGCAGGUUCUUCUUCUCCAACAUCUCCCACGGGCAGCACAUCUCAACACCACGCCAUCCUUGUGCUUAGCUCUUCCUGGGCAACGCGGAAGGAAGGCAGCUGAGCAACUACCAGCACCACCCCACAAGAGGUCAGCAGCACACGACGCGCCACCUCCCUCGAGACAGCCUCCAUCUCCACCUCCACCAUGAGUGGCAAGUCCAGGCUUGCGCCGCAAGGCUCUUUCGCCAGGCUGAUGCACCGCCAAGCGCACUCGCGGAGCUCCCCCGUGGACCAGCAGAGCGCAUAUGCGUCGCAGCAGUGCAGCAGCAACAGCAGCAGGACCCAGAGCCCACGCCCACACGGGCUCUCCUCUCGCCUGGUGCACCAGUUCCUGCGCGUCAACAAGAAGAAGGCCUCCAAGUAUGCCAACCAGCACAACCUGCGCCGCCGCGCGCGCACAGACACCAUCGCCAUCAUCAUCACCCUCAAGUACCUCAUGCGCGACAGCCAGCCCAAAGCACACGCAAAGGGCAAGGCAACCUCGUUCUCGUCCAAGACGCUGCUCAAGCUUCUGGCACAGCUGGACAUGGAUGAGGCGUUUGCCCUGCGCUUUGCCCGCGCCCUCGCCACCUGCGGUGUCAUCCUUCCUUCGGAGUCGGGUGCAUGCACCACCGAAUUUGACAACUCCAAGAAGCAGUUGUGGGUGUGGGGCCAAUGGGUCGCCAUCGCAGAGAUUGGCGCUGUGAGCGCCUGCGCUGCAGAGAUUUGCGAGGGCACCAUCCUCGGUGACAUUGAGCUGUGCAUCCAAUACCCGAACAUCAACGUGGAACACGAGGACUUCUGCCUCUUCUUCCCCAUCGACCAGCUGGAAGAUGUCGCCAUCACGGGCAGGCAGCUGACCUUCACCCUGGACAACCAGCUCAAACCCCUGCACCACGCCCGCUGGGUCUUUGAGCUCUGCGACAGCUUCCAGUUCCUCGAGACCCUGCAAAACCUUCUGCGCUACUGGUCCCAGAUCCAGAUGCUGGAGCAGCUGUUGGCAGAGUGCGACCAGCCCUUGCUUGUGCGCCCAGCGAGCCCUGCCACCAGCAGCAGAGCAAGCAGCCGCGCCGGCAGCCAAUUCCUCAACACCGCCACCCUCUGGCGCACAGCCUCCACCGCCGGCCCAGCGCCACAGCAGCAACAGCCAGCAGCAGCAGCCGCGAACAUGCACCAACAGCAACAGCAGCAGCAGCAGCAGCACCAACUGCAGUAUCUGACCGUUGUUGAUGCUGUGGUGGACGAUGACGACUAUGACGACGACGACGACGAGCAGGUGCGUCACGGCGAAGAGGAAGAAGAGGGAGCCAUCACCUCCGCCAACGGCAAUUCCGCACGGGAGAGCCCAUGCAUCGUUGUCAAGCCAGCAACGCCCACGAGCUGCAACGAUAACACCACCACCGCCGCCGCCAGCACAGCAACAGCUGCUGCCACCAGCAUCAGUGUACCUGCGUCGCCAACGCCGCAGCGCCGCCGCGUCACCAGCAGCAGCGCGUCUCCGCAGGCAGAGACGUCACCGUCAUCGCCUCUCGCGCGCGAGCAGCAGAUGGAUGUUCAGGGCGGUAGGACUAGCAAAGGGCCGCGUCAAAGCAGGUGCACCAGCGGCAUCGCUUCCCCAUAUGCGUCCACGGAGAUGAUGACGAUCAACGACAUGGACGCGCCAAGUGCGUCAGCCGCACGCAGGUCACCAAAGGCAAGCGUCAACAUGUGCGCUUCGGAGUACUCUGCAUUUGGCAGCGCUCGCUCGUCCGUGUGCUCUUCCGCCCGCUCCAGCAUCGUCAACCUGCCAGAUCACCACCACGUCCACCAGCCCUACGGCACGCAGCCGCACUCCCACUUCCCGCGCCAUUCCUCCUUUUCCCGCGGCGACCGCCGAUCGGCGUCUCUCCGGGGCACCGUCCACCACUUCUCCUCGCACAGCCGCAGCGGCUCGCUCAUGGAUCUCACCCGCAGCUCCAGCCCGCCCACGCCGCGCAAGUCGUCCCUCCGCUGCUCAGAUGGGCCCAGUCGCCGCCGGCGUCGGGGCUACACCCUGUCCAGCUACGCCUCUGCAUCGUCCACGGCAGCCAUGAUGUCACAAGGGGGACACGGACAUGGACAGGAGCACAUCUACGAGGAGCUGCACAACUGCACCGGCAGCCCGCACAACACGCCACCAGGCAUUGUGGCCACGCAGUCCCCGCCAGGGGUCGUUGCGCGCCCCGAUGCCACCGUCGGCUGCGGCGCAUAUGCGAGCGCAGACCGACCCCCCUCCCGCUCCCGCGACAGACUCAGCUUCGACGCCGCCUCCAGCACGGGUGUGCCAGUGGGCCUUGAGCGCGCAUCUGUGGACGACCCCAUUGCACGGGAGCGCUUCAAGUCUUGGCGCGUGCACGGAGACAAGCACCGCGGGUCAUCGCAGCAGCUGUCACCGCAGCAGCUGCCAUCUGUGGCCAGCAGCUCACGGCUGGUCCUGAACUGGGAUGGCAACGACGACGAUGACGACUGCACCACGUAUGCGGCAGAGACACUGCCGGCAGUGAGCAACAACGGAAGCCGCUUGCCGAGCCGUAGCCCAUCUGUGUAUGGCCGCUCGCGCAUGUCGAGUGUGAGCGACUGCGAGGGCAUGAUCCGUCACCACUUUGAAGUGUACCACGGCCAGCCAUCACCAUCGUCACCCACGUCGCCGCAGCAGCACCUCUAUGAGCAGCGCAGGGGCGACGUCCCACCACCGCCGCCACCACGGCCCCUGCAUCUCCAGCCAAUUGGCUCGCACGCCAACGCGCACAUCUACGACAACGCGCGACGGGUGUUCAACCGGCAGGAGCAGCAGCGGGAGCUUGAGGGCGUGACGGUGUCUGCCCCCAUGAGCCGACAAGGGUCUCCACUGCGUGAGAACGACGAGGCGUUCCGUCGUAACAGGGGCAGCAGCACACCAUCUCCGCUUUCGCCGGCCCUGAACCAACAGCUGAGCGACAGUAUGGUGCGAUCCGCGCAGUCGUUUGUGUUUGACGGUGUCGGCUCCCCAACUCCCUUGCCGUCCCCGCAGGCACUUGGCAACAACAACACCAGCAUGUUCAACAACAACACCACAUCGCCCACCUGCGACACCACAACGCCAGCCAAACAACGGCAGCGGUGCGAAGAAGAACACACAUACGUCACGCUGGCCGAGCUGAACACGCAAUCGGAGAUGUCUGUUGUUUGAUGGCAUCUUCGCGUCGCUGCAUGUGAGGAAGACAAUGAGUUGGUUGACGUAAGCUGGUUGACAUGAGUUGGUUGGCAUGAGUUGGUUGGUUCCUUUCCUUCCUACUCCUUCCUACUCCUUCCUUCCUUUCUUCCUUCCUUGGUUCCUCGGCCUAUCGCUUUCUUUCCUUUCUUUCAUUUCGCAGAUUCCGUGAAUCCCAUGAUUUCAGUUUUACUUUCCUUCCCCCCCCUGCCUCCUCUUCCCCUCUUUUUCCGUUUAGUUGCCUGCGCAUCGCCAGUCGCGCAUAGAAAGCAUACCAUGCCUGUUUUGUACACUUUCCCCCACACUCACAACCAUAAGACCCUUGUUGCUUGCUUCUGUUGAAAUUGAUUUUCAUUGUCGCCCUUUAUUUUUCUGUACACUCAACAACAACGACAGCAACGCUGCGUUCGCGUCGACGCGCUUAGUACACAGUCACGAAACAA